GGGCUUCGGGACUCAAACAGCACUGCAUUCGCAAGCCGCAAAAACUAUAGCCGUCGUUCCUUUGUCUCUGUUUCCUGCUGCAUCUGAUGCGCUGCCACGCUCGUUUCGUUUCGCACCUCGGUAGCUCUCCCAACAUGCGCUUCGUCGAAUCUUCACCAACUGUACCAUACGCAUCCGCAUCGCACGUUCAUUCUUCUCAUUGUUUCUGUUUAUGUUGCAGUGUUUGCUUGUGUUCUAACCCCAGUGCUCCUCCGCUUCGCGCGAUCCUCCGGCCCCACCUGCUCCUGUUUCACCACAUUCUCAUUGUUUGUGCUUUUCCCUGGGCUCUUGCCGGUACAUUUGUUCACCCGUCCGACGUAUUCCUAUUGACCUUGUUGUGCAUAUUUGUCGUUUGCCAUCUGCCAUAGAGUCGUCCCCGGGCGCUACUGCAAAAGAAAGGAAUACAUAAUGUUGUGUAGCAGCAAGUAGUGUAUGAAGUUGUACAUGUCUACUGUAUGACUAUGUAGAGUGUCUAAUACACAGUAGAGAUUCAUCACUCUGACUUAUGCAAUGCCGGCGCGCGCGAAAGCGGGUGAAUGGGUUCAAGUUG